UUCUUCUUCAUCCACACAUGGUUGGACAAACCCUUGCCUGCUAAUAUUUUUAAUGUUUAAAUUAACCCAUCUGCUUUUUUAAAGCGUGUUUUCUGCUGUCACACUGCUACCAAAUGAAAGUUAAAGUCCUCUCGAGGAACCCGGAUGACUAUGUCCGGGAAACAAAGUUCGAUAUUCAGCGCGUCCCUAGAAACUAUGACCCAACACUGCAUCCGUUUGAGGUGAGCAGAGAGUACACCCGGGCUCUGAAUGCCACUAAGCUGGAGCGGGUGUUUGCCAAGCCUUUCCUGGCCUCCCUGGAUGGGCACAGAGAUGGUGUGAACUGCAUGGCCAAACAUACCAGGAGCCUCUCCACCCUGCUGUCUGGUUCCUGUGAUGGAGAGGUGAAAGUGUGGGAUCUGACCAAACACGAGUGUGUCCGCACACUCCAAGCACACGAAGGUUUUGUUCGGGGAAUGGUUGUCCGCUAUUGUGGGACUUCUUUCUUUACGGCUGGUGAUGACAAAACAAUCAAGCAGUGGAAAAUGGAGGCGCCAGGUUAUGGAGAGGAAGAAGAGCCACUCAACACUAUUCUAGGCAAGACUGUGUUCACAGGACUGGACCAUCAUCAGAAGGAGGGUGUGUUUGCGACAUGUGGCCAGCAGGUGGACAUCUGGGACGAGCAGAGGAGUAGCCCUAUCCGUUCCUUCACCUGGGGUGUAGACAGCUUCAGCUCUGUUCGCUUCAACCCUGUGGAGACUGAACUUCUUGCGAGCUGUGCCUCUGAUAGAAGUAUAGUGCUGUAUGACAUGAGAGAAUCUGCACCACUCAAAAAGGUCAUUAUGACAAUGAGGAGCAACACAGUAUGCUGGAACCCUAUGGAAGCAUAUUACUUCACAUGUUCAAAUGAGGACUACAACCUCUACACAUAUGACAUGAGGUACCUGGACCGGCCAAUGACAGUGCACAUGGACCAUGUUUCUGCGGUGCUGGAUAUUGACUACUCCCCGACUGGGAAAGAGUUUGUAUCUGCCAGUUUUGACAAGACCAUCCGCAUCUUCCCCAAGGACGGCGGCCACAGUCGGGAAGUCUACCACACCAAACGCAUGCAGCAUGUCAUCUGCGUUAAGUGGUCGGCAGACAACAAGUACAUCCUGAGCGGGUCUGACGAAAUGAACAUCCGACUGUGGAAGGCCAACGCAGCUGAGAAACUAGGAGUGCUCUCCCCCAGAGAGAGGGAGGCUGCCAACUACAGCCAAAAGCUGAAGGAGAAGUUCCAGCACCACCCACAGAUCCGACGCAUCGCUCAUCACCGACAUCUACCCAAGAACAUCUACCACCAGACCAAAGAGCUGAGGAUUAUGAAAGAGGCUCGGCGUAGGAAGGAGAGAAAUGUCCGCAAGCACAGCAAACCAGGAAGUGUUCCUGUGGUGUCUGAGAAGGAGAAGCAUGUUGUCACCGUGGUGAAAUAAAACAGAGCUGGAGUGGAGAACAGAAGAUAGAAGACCCAGGGAGUGCCAUCAGGACGUGAGCUGGAGCCCGAGAUCACACCCAUAUGGGACUUGUUCAGACUGUUCCGAUUCAAGAAUAAAAAAAACCGCUGCAACUUGUUAAUUGUGGACUUUCAUUUAACAAGUUGUGCAUCACUCUAAGUAAAUGGACGCAGACUGUAAAUUCAUACAAGAAUUUACAGAAUUUAAAGAAUUUUCAGAAUUUAAAGAAUUUCCCUACGGGGAUUAAUAAAGUUUUUUUCUGAUUCUGAAGAACA